AUGUUCUUGUAUCAUUUUUUCGAAUUAUUUGAGCACCUACACCCGUCAUUUUCGCUGUAUAGAGGCGAGAUCCAGCUGUUUUACUCUCAGCCUACCUUUCAACCUAAAUAAAGCCACUUAUCAAUUAGGGUCAUGUAUGCCGUUCGUGUUUUCCGGUGGUAAUAUUCGCUUUUCCUAAGCUCAUCUUUGCUCUUCAGCGUCUGAAGGUUUGUUGUUCUCUACAAGUUCAUCCUACAUAGCCGUGGUUGCUAUUGAUUUUGGGACCACAUACAGUGGUUUUGCUUUUUGCUUUCAACCACAAGAAGGGAGAAGGAGGCAUCCAUAUGAACAGAGCCUGGGGUCAUGA